AUGCUGGUACCUGAGAUUGUCGGAAAAGCGCACGCAGAGCCCCUGUGGUUGCUGUUGCUUGUGGAAUUCCGUCGAAAAGAUCCGUUGGACCAGGUCUGGCCUGCGCCGCAGGCAGCUGAGGCAGCACCAGGUCACCUUCAACACGGCCAUAGAUGCUUGCGCAAAGACACAGCAGUGGCAGCAGUCCUUGGCCCUCCUCGGCGAGAUGUGGGGCAGCCUACCAUCGGGUCGGACGCUGCUCUGCAGCCGGACGUGGUGUCCUUCAGCUCGGCCAUGACAGCUUUGUCUCGGCAGUCACUCCACAAGCAAGCAUGGGGGCUGCUGGAGGACCUGCCCCGGCAUUCUCUUCAGCCAAAUUGGGUGAUCUUCAACGCUGCCAUAGACUCAUGCCACCGGGGCGCUUCCUGGCAGGCCGCCCUGAUCCUGCUGCAGCGGGCCAGGCAUCAGUCUGUGCUGCUGGACGUAGUUUCCCACAGCCUGGCUGUGAGCACAUGCGUGUCGUCCUCGCAGCCAGGCGUUGCCUCGCAGUUGUUGGAGGGGAUGCGGCAGCUCACUGUGCAGCCUGAUGAAGCAGCCUACGUUGGUAUGUUGGACGCUUGCAAGGAGGCGGCCUGCUGGGCCUUAGCCCUGAGCAUCCUCGCGGAGCUCCGAGGAGAUGGCCCGCAGUCGCAGACGUCUGACCAGACGGCCUAUGCUUUGGCCAUGGGCUCCUGUGAGGCUGCAAGGCAGUGGGAGUUGGCGCUCUCGGUUCUCGCCACGAUGCAACACGAAGGACCCUCUCCGAAUCUGGUGACAUUGAAUGCAGCUGUGAUGGCACUGGCCACGGCUGGGCGCACCGCAGAAGCACUCUGCGUAGUGCGGCAUGCUGAGGAUCUGGGCCUCGUCUCUGGGGCGUGGCAAGCGGAUGCCAACCCAACGCUGCCGGAGGCCGACGUAGACCUACACCGUUUUCCGGCAGAGCUGGCAAGAUUUACCGUUCUUGCAGCGGUCCUUGACGCGGCCAUUGAUCCAUCUCGGAAACGUGGUCUUGUCUUCGUCACCGGUCGUGGCACUCACGGCGGCACGGCGGUCUUGAAGGCCGUGAUUGGGGAGUGCCUCAAAGAGUUCGGCCUCGCCGUGGAGGAGGGUGAUGCUGAGGGGACCGACGGGCGUUUGUGGCUCCCACCGCACGUCCUGCAAUGCCUCGCUUUCGAAGAUGAAAAGGUGCUGGAUGCCCACUUUAACAUCAAGGUCUGCGACUUCGGAAAGACGCAGGAGCUGCGAAGUAACUGCGCCAUCAUCACGGGCCAGGACACGGGAGGCUCCCCCCGAUACAUGGCGCCUGAGUGCUUCAUACUUGGCGCACACAUCACCGAGAAGGUGGACAUUUGGAGCUUGGGAUGUUGCCUUGUGGAGGCAUCUCCGGAAUCCUUCCGCUUCUUGGUGCCGGAUAAGAACCCGCUCAGCACCGGCCAUGGAUCCGAGGAAAUGUAUGCCACCUACGUUGCCACAGCGGUGAUCUGGUGCAGCCUGCUCGCCGUCGCCCUUUUCGCUUGCCGCGAGACAGCGGGCCGUCUCGACGCAUUGGCGAGUGCCUUGCUAGGUGGGAGUCUCGGCUCAUCAAGCGUCGUGGCGAGCAAGACCUUCACGGCAGCGCUGGUCACAUCACCUCGGUCCCCUUUUACACUCUUCUGCGCCGCUCUGCCCUUGGCGCUGGUUGCGCCGUUGCACUUGUAUGUCUUGAACCGCUCCUAUGGCAGGCAUUCUUUGGUCAUCAUGUCCCCGAGCAUGGGCGCAUCUGCCCUGCUUUUCAAUGUCCUGACGGGCUACCUGCUCUUUGGUGAGGUCCCCGUCGGAUUCUGGGAGUUCAGUCUUGGCAUCUCCUUGAUCUUGAGCGGCGUGCUCUCGCUAAUGUCCUGGAAAUCAAAGUUUCAGGUGAACUUCGUAUCCAGGGCUCUCAUCAAACAGGCGGCUGGAUCUUUCGAGCUGACGCCAGAGGACCGCCUGGGGUUCAAGACAGUGGGUGAAGCAGACCGCUCCGGUGCUUGGCAGCACGGCUACGCCGAAAUCUUGGCGACCAAUUCCCCUGAGAAAAAGGAGGAGUUCAUCGAAACUGUCGUGACCCAGCAACUCCACGGCUUCGUUACCAGCGAUGCAGGGCUCAAGAGCUUUGCGGCGACCGCUCCUACCAGUUGGUCGGCGCUUCUGUCGCAGCUGCAGGGGCUGCCCUGGCUGUGCGGUGGAGCGACAGGGCAUCUCUGCGACGACCCACUGACAGCCCCAUUGGGUCCAGACGGCUGGGCUUCUGUGCUGCGUGCCAAUGUGACCGCCCGCAGCAUUCUCGCCAAGCGCAUUGCCGAGGAUCGGCUGAAUGCGAAGGUUACCAAUGAGCAGCAGCUUAUGGAGUGGGCCAGGUCUGCACCGGAUACUUGGGACACCGCCUUGGCUGAGCUCAAAGCAGCUGAGUUCCUUUGUGGUGGGGAGACGAUGCGUAGGUGCGAAGGCUCCAGCGAAGGGGCCUCCGUUCUCAACGCGAACCAGCGCUCUGCCGUCCUUCUGGGCAAACUUGCGUUUGCCGCGAUGUGCCUCGCUGCACUUCUUGUUGCGGCGCUCGGUUGCGCGCUGUACUCAGAAGACAUGACCCUCCAGUACGCGCGGGAAGGCGCUGCUCGCGAUGCCAAGCAGCGGUUUUAUGCGCAGGCCGGCCUUGCCAGCGCCCAGCCACAGGCCCAGGCUGCCUCCUCCUCCCCAGCGCUGCAAGACUCGAGGAUGUUGCAGGCGCCAGUGAUGUACUACCAGGUUCCCCCGCCCAUGUUGCCCGCCGCCUCCGUGGCCAACCAAAGCGCCCGCUCCGUCGUCCAAAAUUCUUCAGGUUUGUCUGCUCCGGCUCCGCAGGGCCUGUCCGUCGUCUCGCCGGCGAGCUUGGCGAAGGCAGCUGCUGAGCCUUGGCCGGUCUGA